UUUAAAAAAAUACAAAAAUCAUUAAUUCGAGCAUGUAAAAUUUUUAGAAUUGAUAUCGUUACCAGUGAAAAAUAGUUGUGUGUCACGAAAAUUAACGAAAAAUUAGCCAUAAUUUGAAUGUCACAGACUCCUCUAACACUGAUGCAGUAUACAGAGAAUUUUGUUUAAAACCAUAAUGGAUUCCAAUUCAAGUAGUGGCAAACCAAGAAAUAACAAAUCUCCAGUUAUUAAGGAAAAUUUUUUUUAUACGAUGAAAAAGAACCUGAUUGGAUUGUAAAUGAACCAUUACCUUCAUUAACACAACGUAUUGGCAUCGACUACGUGUCAUUCACAGAUCUUCUACGAGGCCAAUAUUUAAUAAAAUUACAAGCCGCAGAAAAUUGGGGAUGGGAAACAAGCACAUUGGCUUAUUUUUCAAUCAACUCGUUAUCGAAUAACGAAUACCGAUUCAUCAAAGAAUUUGUAUUGACGUUUCCACAGGAUAUUAAACCCGGUGAUCUUGUAUUAAUACGUGAUAACGUUAAUGCAUAUCAAAUACGUUAUAAUUUAUCGCAAUUCAUUGCAAUGCAUUAUAGAACGGGAGAUUUUGAACUUGAUUUUAACACGGUAGCAAUACCCGAUAAUGUUUGUGAGGCGAUACGUACGAAUUUUAAACAACGAAAAGAAUUUACUAUUACUGAAGCCCAACCAUCAGAUGUGACGGAAACACCGGCGAAAUCUGAAGACGGUGGAUCUGCGAAUACUGAUGUGAACAAACCUGUUAUAAAGAAAGGGAAUAGUUUGGCCGAUAUCAAGAAACGUGCCCGAGAAAAUAAGGGAGGCAAAAAUAUCACCAUUGAAAUAUACGAUCCCUAUGAAAAAUCAGCCGGUUCCAUAAACUCUAUACGGAAAUCAACUGGUCUAAUUACAAAUAUUGACGAGUCGGAUUCGCAUGAAUGUAUAUGGGAUUCAAAUUAUCCAGAAAAUCCAUUUAGGCUUUCUAGCGUCAUUCGCAGAUUCGAAGAAUAUCAAUUGUAUGAUCGUUGUGAAAUUUUAACAUCAAGGGAAGCCACAAAAGAGGAAAUUCUUGUUGCGCACAGUGAAAAAGCAUAUACUUUAUUAGAAACUUAUGCUAAUUCUGGAAUCAAUGCAGAGGGAUACGAAACAGUAUCUUCGUUAUAUGAUGCGAUUUUCAUUAAUGAGAAUACGGCACGGGCGGCAAAAUUUGCAGCAGGAUCCUGUAUUGAAUUGGUUGAUGCAAUUUUAUCAAAUAAAGUACAGAAUGGUUUUGCGGCCAUAAGGCCGCCAGGGCAUCAUGCAAUGUAUAACGAAUACAAUGGCUAUUGUUUCUUUAAUAAUGCUGUAAUUGCUGCAAGGCAUGCGAUUAAUAAAUUUGGAACGAAACGUAUAUUGAUUGUUGAUUUCGAUGUUCAUCAUGGACAAGGAACCCAGGAUCAAUUUUACGAAUCUAAGAAUGUAUUAUAUUUUUCAAUUCAUCGAUACGAAUAUGGACGUUUCUGGCCAAAUUUACGUCGAUCUGACUUUGAUUACAUUGGAGAGGGUGCAGGUACUGGAUAUAAUUUUAACGUUCCAUUAAACGAGACUGGAAUGACAGAUGCUGAUUACUUAACCAUCUUUAAUACUGUGUUAAUGCCAGUGGCCUACGAGUAUAAUCCAGAACUAGUAAUACUCAGUGCGGGAUAUGAUAGCUUAAUAGGAGAUGAAAAGGGUGAGAUGAAAGUGACGCCGCAAUGCUACGCACAUAUGACGCAUUUAUUACAAGCUUUUGCUCAGGGCAAAGUUGCUGUACUCCUCGAAGGUGGCUACAAUCCUACUUCGUUGGCUGAAGGUGCCGCACUUACAUUAAGAGCAUUACUGGAUGACCCUGUUCCUCAUCUACCUCAUCCCAAUUUAAAACCCAAACACAGCCUACUUAAAACAAUACGAAAUCUAAUUUUACAUCAGAAACCAUUUUGGAAAUGUUUCCAUUACUAUACGGGUAGUCCUCCUACUCCAGUUUAUACAGAAGUAUAUACAAAAAAACCGGUCAAUUAUCCUACCCGUGACGCUUAUCCAAAAGUUCCACAAGGAGUUAAAGGACUUCAAAUACGUCUAGAUAUAUUGGAAACAAUUACGCCAAAUAUAAAAUCGUAUUUAAAACUUCCCACCUUUAAAUUAAUGAUUUUGUACGAUGAAGAAAUGUUGGAACAUCGUGCGAGAGAUAACGUUGCGCAAUUAGAAUGUCCAGAGCGAAUUAAAAAUUCAUUUGAAUUGUUAAAAAAAUUUGGUCUUCUUGGUAGGGCCGUACAUAUUUUGGGCACAAAACUUGAAAUUCUCAACGAACUUUACAAAGUACAUCCUCCAGAAUAUAUUACUAGAUUAGAAAACGUAAUUGCAAAAGAGGAUGACAAACAAUUUACCUCAAUUUUUACAAAUUCCAAGACGAUAGACUGUGCCUUAAUGGCCGUUGGAUCUGGAUUGAAUUUAUUGGAUCGUAUAAUGGCUGGAGAUUGUUCAACAGCUCUUGCACUAAUUCGCCCACCUGGACAUCAUGCUGAACCAAAAGAGGCAAUGGGAUUUUGUUUUUUCAAUAAUGUUGCCGUUACUGCCCGGCAUGCUUUGGACCAUUUUAAAUUGAAACGUGUUUUAAUUGUCGAUUUCGAUAUACAUCAUCCAAACGGCACCUAUACAAUAUUCAAAAACGAUAAUAGAUGUUUAUUAAUAAGUAUUCAUCGUUACCAUGCAAAUUUCUUCCCACAUACAGGAGCAUUAACCGAAUGCGGUGAAGGUGAAGGUAUUGGUUUUAACGUAAAUAUACCAUGGACAAAAAAAGGUCAAGGUGAUAAUGAAUACCUAGCCGCAUUUCUCCGUAUCAUCUUACCGAUUGCACGACAAUUUGAUCCAGAAUUAGUAUUAGUAUCGGCUGGUUUCGAUGCCGCAGUUGGUGAUCCACUAGGCCAGUGUAACGUGUCGCCUGAGAUGUUCGGUCAUAUGGCCCAUAUGCUCAAGGAAGUUUCUGAAUCAAGGCUUUUAUUCUUUUUGGAAGGUGGUUAUAAUGUGACAUCAGUAUCGCAUAGUGUUGGAAUGGUAGCAAAAGCUUUACUAGGAGAUCCUUUGGUAUCAGUUUCACCAAAAACGUUUAUUAAUGAAGAUGCUGAACAGGUGAUCGAAAGCGUGAUAAAACAUCAGCUCAAAUAUUGGCCUAUUUUGAAUGUAAACCCUGAUAUAUCUACGCCAGAAUCAAUAACAAAAACAGAUCAUGUCAAGGAGCAUACAACCAUUUAUGAUAAUCUGUUUUCAGCGAUGAUACCUGUACAAACGCCUUACAACACAAUACGUGAAUGUAUGCAUGUCUAUAAUUUAGAAUCAUCUACGUCACAAUACGAACCAAAGGAUGGGGUAGAUACUAAAAUAACCUGCGCCGAUUGUACAUUUUUUGGUAAUAAAAGAUAUGAAUGUCUAACCUGUUCUUACGUGGGAUGCCCUGAUCAAAUAAACGGUCACACCCGUAAACAUGCAUUUUUAUUUGGUCAUCCAUUAGUGAUCAGUUACGAGGAUUAUUCCAUCUAUUGUUUUAGUUGUAAACGAUUUUUAUCUAGCUCAGAUUUAUCUGACUACCGAGAACAAGUAAUGAUGAAAACUAUUGAAGAUAGAAACUAAUAAUUCCUUUUUUUUCAC